UUUUCCUGACGUUUGCUCGCGUUUGGACGGCAGACAUGACCGUCCUUGCACAGCAAAGCCAAAGCUGCAGUCCGUGUGAAUUUGAGGAAAAAGACUCGACUUUAUAGCGUUUCGGAAAUGCUACGGGUGUUUUUCUGAUCUUUAAGGUGUGAUGGUUGAUGACAGCUGGGGUGCAGCGCUGCCCUCCCAGUCACCACCAUGCAGCAGAAAGGUCCCAUCCAGAUCAUCGAAUGGGAGGACCUGGACAAGAGGAAGUUCUACUCCCUGGGUGUGUUCAUGACCUUCACCUCCAGAGCCACGGCCUACCCAGCCAGCCUGAUCCGCACCCGCCUGCAGGUGCAGAAGGGGAAGGCGGUGUACUCCGGCACCUUUGAUGCCUUCUUGAAGAUCCUGCGAGCGGAGGGCGUGCGCGGCCUCUACCGCGGCUUCAUGGUCAAUUCCUUCACCCUGCUGUCCGGACAGGCGUACGUCACCACCUAUGAACUCGUGCGCAAGUUCGUGUCCCAUUACUCGCCCAGCAACACUGUGAAGUCCUUGGUGGGGGGGGGCGCUGCAUCCUUGGUGGCUCAGACCAUCACCGUGCCGAUCGACGUGGUUUCCCAGCACCUGAUGAUCCAAGGCUGCCACAGCGUGUCGCAGCUGUCCCGCUUUAAGGUCAAACCUAAAAGGGUGCUUGCCGCCUCCAAGAGCAAGCGAACGUUUGGGCAGGCGUGGGACCUGACGGUGCAGAUCUACGCAGCCGACGGAGUGAAGGGAUUCUACCGGGGCUAUGUGGCGUCACUGCUCACAUACAUCCCCAGCAGCGCCCUCUGGUGGCCGUUCUAUCACUUUUAUGCAGAACAGCUGACUCUGUUAGCACCGAGUGCUUGGCCUCACCUGCUCCUGCAGGCUCUGGCUGGACCAAUGGCAGGAGCGACUGCCUACACCAUCACAAAUCCCCUGGAUGUCAUUCGUGCUCGAGUACAGGUGGAGGGACGAUCGUCCAUCAUAGAAACGUUCAAGCAGCUGCUGGCGGAGGAGGGCGCCGGGAUCGUGACCAAGGGGCUGUCCGCCCGCAUCCUCUCCUCCCUGCCCACGUCGGUGCUCCUGGUGGUCGGAUACGAGACCCUGAAGAAGCUGAGCCUGCGCGCCGAGCUGAUUGAGUCCAGACAUUGGUGAAAGUCCAAGAGCGGGACCAGGACUCCGCCUCUCCGCCAGGCUCCACCCCCCAACACAUACUGUGACCCGUCUGUACUGAAGCUGCUGGGUCUGCUUUGGGGCAUUUCAGAGUUGCUGCACCAACUCUUCACUGGAAAUCUCUUUAAAAAGAAGUGAAAAAAGCCGUUCUGCAUGUUCAGGAGGUCACAGCAGCACGGCGACAGUCCAGUCGCCGUCUAAGACUAUUCAGGUUUUCACAUGUUUUUGUGUGUUUUUGAUGAACCUCAAUAGGAAACGUAUUACUCUACCUGUUUGAAGCUGAGUCAAACGAGAGACUGUUACAUUUUUUAGAUUAUUAGCAGACAAAACUGCCUUUUUUUUGUCCUUAGAGAUCCUCUGCCAGAGUGAGGAAGAGCGUGAUGUCUGACUGCAUUCCUUGUGUUGAAGAUGUAAAAGACAUAAUCCCUUCUCAGACUUUUAAAUGCUGAGCCUUGGGCUGUUUUUUGCCAUAACAAAUGAAUCUUCUAAAUCGUGCACCAGCAGGGUUUUAUUUAUUCCUUAAAGUCUGUUUUUUUCUGAGCUAAAACUUGCAAAACAAAUUGGAGCAAUAAGACUUCAAAAAAAGAAAGAUUUACUGUAAUAAGAGUUUUAGUGACGGGUUUUGACUUCAUUCUGAUGCCGGUUCAGGCAAGCAGUUGGAUUUCACCUGAGCUUUUAGAGUGAAAGGUGAACCACAGGUCUGAGCCCACACAGGUGUGGUGGAGGCAUUGCUGCAACCGUUCUCUCUAAAUUUCCUGCUGCUGCUUUUAAACAAUUAUAAUCAGGCAGAACUGACAUUUCCCCCUUUUUUCCCCCCCCAAAAUGUUCAGGAGUUUAAUAAUCAAGUGCUUUAUUUUGAAAACUAGUCAAUUAUAAGCAAUUCUGGUUAAUCCAUUUUUCAAAGAUCCUAUGUAUUUUUAGAUAGAUAAUGGCAAAGAUCCCAUUUUUGAACCAAUUUUUGCUGCACAAUAAUUGUGCACAUUUUAUUUACUGUCAAGCAGAAAUAUAUUGAAAUAUACAAUUUUUAGUUAGAGGGCAAAGUAGAUCAAGACAUGUCCUUCAUAUGUAGUAUAUUAAGCAAAUCACUGCCUUCAUGUUCAGACACCUACCAGCCUUUCUAAUGAGCCCUGAUGUUAGAUUUUAACUUCAUUUAAAAGGACAGUCGUCUUUAAUGACAUGCAGUUGAUAAAAACUAGUUACAAAAGAAAAAAAAGACUUAAGUAUUUCAGAAAUUUGAGAAUCUUUGUAUAUUUGAAAGAGAAAUAAAGGUAAAAUAUGUCAGAA